AUGUUGCGCGCAAGAGUACCUGCUAACAGAGCAUUGCAUAAGUUGCCAUUACGGUACGUUCUACCUGGUGGUACAGUUAGCUUUUCACACCCAAUUCCAAUUCAAGUUGCAAAUCUAAAUACACAGUCAAAUUCAAAUGCUUAUACGUCAAAAUCCUCAAUUGGCUUUACAUCUUUACUGGUUAGGCCAGUAGAUGGUGGAAGUAGUCAAUUGCAGAGAAGAUACUUCCACUCAUCUAUACCUAAACAGUUGCAGAUGCAACGCAAUCCUGAUGGCGAAGAUAACAGACCAGCUUUAGAAAAGUUUGGGACAGAUCUUACCCAGAUGGCUAAAGAUGGGAAAUUAGAUCCUGUUAUUGGUAGAGAUGAAGAGAUUCGUCGUACUAUACAAAUCUUAUCACGUCGUAGUAAAAAUAAUCCUGUAUUAAUUGGUAAUGCUGGAACUGGUAAGACAGCCAUUAUGGAAGGAUUAGCUCAAAGAAUAUUAAAGGGAGAAGUGCCAGAAUCAAUGAAAGAUAAACAAAUUAUUACAUUAGAUUUAGCAGGAAUUAUAUCUGGAGCUAAAUAUAGAGGAGAUUUUGAAGCUAAAUUAAAAUCUAUCUUAAAGGAAGUUGAAGAAAAGAAUGGUAAAGUUAUACUUUUUAUAGAUGAAUUACAUCUUCUUAUGGGUCUUGGUAAAGCCGAAGGAUCUAUUGAUGCAUCUAAUCUUCUUAAACCUGCUUUAGCAAGAGGUAAAUUAUCAAUGUGUGGAGCUACAACUACAGAAGAAUAUAGAAAGUAUGUUGAAAAGGAUGCAGCAUUAGCAAGAAGAUUUUCACCAGUUCAAGUUAAUGAACCAAGUGUUGAAGAUACUAUAUCUAUAUUAAGAGGAUUAAAGGAAAAGUAUGAAGUUCAUCAUGGAGUUCGUAUAACUGAUGGAGCAUUGGUUACUGCAUCAUUAUAUGCCAAUAGAUAUAUAACUGAUCGAUUUUUACCUGAUAAAGCCAUUGAUUUAGUAGAUGAAGCAAGUUCAACUUUAAGAUUACAACAUGAAUCUAAACCUGAUGCUAUUGCACAAUUAGAUCGACAAAUUAUGACCAUUGAAAUUGAAUUAGAAUCACUUCGAAAGGAAGAAGAUCAACUUUCAAUUGAUAGAAGAACUAAAUUACAAGAAGAACUUUUAGUUAAAAGUGCUGAAUUAAAGGAAUUUACUGAACAAUGGAUGGAAGAAAAACGAUCAAUUGAUGAAGUUAAACAAGCCAAAUCUGAUUUAGAACAAUCUCGAUUUGAUUUAGAACAAUGUCAAAGAGAUGGGAAUUAUGCUAAAGCAUCAGAAUUACAAUAUGCCACAAUUCCUGAACUUGAAAGAAAGUUAAAGGAAUUAACUGAACGAGAUUCGACUCAAGCUAAUUUACUUCAUGAUUCAGUAACUUCAGAUGAUAUUGCUAAUGUAAUUUCCAAGAUGACAGGUAUACCUGUUAAUAAUUUACUUAAAGGUGAAAAGGAUAAGUUACUUGAUAUGGAAGUGAUCUUAAAACAACUGGUAAUUGGACAAGAUGAAGCAGUCCAUGCUGUGGCAGAUGCUGUAAGAUUACAAAGAGCAGGAUUAACUAGUGAAAGAAGACCUAUUGCUUCAUUUAUGUUUUUAGGACCCAGUGGAGUGGGUAAAACAGAAUUAACUAAAUCAUUAGCCCAAUUUUUAUUUAAUGAUGAACAUUCAGUAAUUCGAUUCGAUAUGUCUGAAUUUCAAGAAAAACAUUCAUUUUCAAGAUUAAUUGGUUCACCUCCUGGUUAUGUUGGAUAUGAUGAAAGUGGAGAAUUAACUGAAGCAGUUCGAAGGAAACCUUAUUCAGUAGUACUAUUUGAUGAAUUUGAAAAGGCUCAUAAGGAUAUCUCUAAAUUAUUAUUACAAGUACUUGAUGAAGGUUCAUUAACUGAUUCUCAUGGUAGACAUGUUGAUUUUCGAAAUACUAUAAUAGUUAUGACAUCAAAUAUUGGUCAAGAUAUUUUAUUGGGUGAUAAAGAUAAGGAUAAUACAUCGACAGCUAAUGAUGGACAUAUUAAUACUGAAGUAAAGCAAGAAAUUACCGAUCUAUUAAAACAUUACUAUCCUCCGGAAUUCCUUAAUCGAUUAGAUGAUGUUCUUAUCUUCAAUCGACUCUCUAAGGAAUCAUUGGCUAAUAUCUUAGAAAUUAGAUUAAGAGAAAUAGCUGAUCGAUUACUGGAUAAACGUAUAACCUUAGACUUAUCCCCCAGUGCUAAGGAGAAACUCUGUAAUCUUGGUUAUGAUCCAGUAUAUGGAGCUAGACCAUUAAAUAGAGUCCUUCAAAAGAAAGUAUUAAAUCCCUUAGCCAUGAUGCUCAUUAAGGGUCAAGUCAGAGAGUCAGAGAAAGUGACUAUAGAUGUGGACAAUGAUGAGAUCAGAGUCCAGCCUAAUCACGAACAAGUAAACUAA